AUGGAGUUUUUCAAUAAGUUGAAGAAGGCGUAUGGAAAUAGAGAAGGACUGUGUUUUGUGUCGGACCGUCACCCAAGUAUAAAGAAUGCAAUAGAACAUGUGUAUCCGGAAGCUUGUACGUCAGACCAAAACAUUAUACAAGCAUUCAAUUCGGUUGUUCGCGCUUACACGCUGGAAGAAUAUGAUUAUAACAUGUCUCUGCUGACAAUGAUGAAUGAGAAGAUUAUUUCAUACCUGGCUGAUGUUGGACCUGAAAAGUGGUCACGAAUACAUAUGGCAACAUACAGAUAUUCUACAAUGACAUCAAACAUUGUGGAAUCGGUCAACACGGUCACGAAGGCAGCCAAUAAUUAUCCUAUUGUAUCCUUGCUAGUGUCAUUACGGCAAACUAUACAAUCGUGGUUUUGUAAACACAGAGAUUAUGUCCAUGGAACUUUCACAAAGUUGUCGAACAAGUACAAGAAAGAGAUUAGGAAAAUGAGCAUGGAUUUGAGGAACUUGAGGCUAUCUGUAAAUGGAACAAAUUUGUGUAACCUGAUAUCUAAAUCUGUGACCUAUGUGAUGUUGUAUGUGAUUGAGAUAGUAUUUUCAGUUAGCAACGAAAGGUCAACGUUUGUCGUCGAUAUUGAGCAACGAACGUGCACUUAUAGGAUUACAAACACAAAAAGAGAUCCAUAUGAUUACUGUUCUUAUUAUUACACAAAAGAUGCGUACUUGAAUGCGUACCAAGAUUCUGUAUAUCCUAUUGGAAAUCAAGAGGAAUGGAUAGUGCCGGGAGAAGUAUAG